AGCCUUCCUCGAUUCGACUGACAAGUGGCGCCUCUACCGGCAAACACACGUACUCGAGAUUCAAACACUUGACACAGAGGUCAUUGGCAGCAAUAUAAUUUUUCGGGUGGUUCCGCAAGAACGCAGGAACGCUUCAAAACUUCGGGUGGUGCGUUCCUCUUACUUGCGUUCCUUUGAAAAACUUUGCGUUCCUGCGUUCUUGCGUUCCUAAAAAGGGCGGUGCGUACGUACGGAAGAACGCAGGAACGCACUAAAGGAACGCACUUGCCCAGCUCUGAUGAGCAGUGAGCAUUCCCAUAAAAGGAUCACAUUCGCUUAUACGAAUACGGCAAUCGACAUUGCAAAUUCAAGAGGUACAGUGCACGUUGCCUCCCCUCCCCCUCCCCCUCCCCGUUCCUCUACUAGGCUCGACAGCCCGAUGUCCUGAUAGACGGUGGCGUGCCUUGGGAGCAAAGGUGUUAAAGGGGAGGGGAGACCCGGGGGGGGGGGGGGCUGGGUGGAGUGCCGGUCGUCAGCUGAUUGGGCGUUCCAGGAAGUGCCGGUAGACACGAGCACACGCCCUCGUGCUACUGAUGUGCGUGAGAUGAUGUUGAGAAGCAGCACCGUCAGUAGGACGAAAAUUAGAAUAUGACGAGGGCGGUCGAUUUGUUCAUCCAGGCGUGUCGAAACUCAACGGAAUUGACACGGGACGGAAUUUCAAAUAUGUGCGGAUUUCAAUGAACAAGUGCACCUGAAUAAAAGUGUCUAGUGUCUACAAGAAAGGGCAUAGUCCUACUGACAGAAACGUUCUCUGGUGAAAACUGAAAAGAAGCACUGGAUACCAUGAAGGCUCAGUGGGAUACCUAUCACAUGAAACAUUUACAUGCUAUAAAUAUUAGACGACCCACGUGGUUCACGGCCAUUGCGCCACACACACCCCUCCCACUGCCCCCCCCCCCGACCACGUGCGCGGCACGUUUCCCCUCCCGUUUCCCGUGGAUAAUCCCCUUGUCGCUGGGGCUCGGGAACAAUCGGGGGAGCUCCCCGUGGGACAGUGGGCACUGGGCACCUAGUGGUGGUGGGGGGAGGAGGGAGGGGGCCAGCUGGUGGGGCGCGUCUGCCAAUCAGGGGCCUCCGGAGUAUUUAAAAUUUAAACGGCACGUCAUGUGGGGACUACUGGAAAGCACCAAAGACGGGAAAAGGGCAGGAUGGAGCAUCUGGGAAGCGGAAAUUUAUGUGGCUGCGUUUAGCGCAAUGCAUGCGUUUGCAAGCACUUCACUUUUGACUUUCAGGUUGGAAAAUUCUUUCAGGGUUGUUUAUUAUCCCCUGCGUAUAAACGGCCACGGGAUAGGAAGAUUCAUGUGUAGUCCAAAGAAAGUCCUGUUGGGAUCAUUUCUAAUCGUGUCAUUCUUACGUAAUUCGCAUUUAUCUCAAUUAUCAUCCUUUCAUAUUUCCACUUCUUAUGCUACUCCACUUUACCGAACAUUCCAGAUCUGUAAGUCGGAGGUUUAGCGCAGGCGCAGACCCGACCCGCCACGCAACGCCGGGCGCCGGCUGACUCGUGACGCACUCGGCCCGCGGCUCCACCAAUCAGAAGCGGACGCAGGAAUCGUCGGCUGUGUCGGCAGACGUCAUUGGCUGGCAGGGGACAGCGCACCGGACGGGGCCGGCGAAUGGCUUCUUUGCUACAAAUUCGCCCGGGGUUCUUUGCCGGCGAGAUCCCAGAGGAGGAGGUUGUGCGCGCGGUACAGAUCUGUUACACCAGACUGCGUACCGAAAUAAUUCAGAAUGGCAAAGGCCCCGGCGAUCGGAAUUGAUCUGGGCACCACGUACUCGUGCGUGGGCGUCUUCCAGCAUGGCAAGGUGGAAAUCAUUGCCAAUGACCAGGGCAACCGGACGACGCCCUCGUACGUCGCCUUCACCGACACGGAGCGUCUGAUCGGAGACGCCGCCAAGAACCAGGUGGCCAUGAACCCGGGCAACACCGUGUUCGACGCCAAGCGGCUCAUCGGCCGUCGUUUCGAGGACGCCCCGGUGCAGGCCGACAUGAAGCACUGGCCGUUCGAGGUCGUCAGCGAUGGCGGCAAGCCCAAGAUCCGCGUCGAGUACAAGUGCGAGAAGAAGACGUUCGCGCCCGAGGAGAUCAGCUCGAUGGUGCUGACCAAGAUGAAGGAGACGGCCGAGGCCUACCUGGGCAAGACCGUCACCGAUGCCGUCAUCACCGUGCCGGCCUACUUCAACGACUCGCAGCGGCAGGCGACCAAGGACGCCGGCGCGAUCGCCGGUCUGAACGUGCUGCGCAUCAUCAACGAGCCCACCGCGGCGGCCAUCGCCUACGGCCUCGACAAGAAGGUCGGCGGCGAGCGCAACGUGCUCAUCUUCGACCUGGGCGGCGGCACCUUCGAUGUGUCGAUCCUCACCAUUGAGGACGGCAUCUUCGAGGUGAAGUCGACCGCCGGAGACACUCAUCUCGGCGGAGAGGACUUCGACAACCGCAUGGUCAACUUCUUCGUCCAGGAGUUCAAGCGCAAGCACAAGAAGGAUCUGUCGACCAACAAGCGCGCGCUGCGACGUCUGCGCACCGCCUGCGAGCGUGCCAAGCGUACCCUCUCCUCCUCUUCCCAGGCCUCCAUCGAGAUCGACAGCCUCAUGGAGGGCAUCGACUUCUACACGUCCAUCACCCGCGCCCGGUUCGAGGAGAUGAACGCCGACCUGUUCCGCGGCACCCUCGAGCCCGUCGAGAAGUCUCUGCGGGAUGCCAAGAUGGACAAGGGCGCCGUCCACGACAUCGUCCUGGUCGGAGGCUCCACCCGUAUCCCCAAGAUCCAGAAACUCCUGCAGGACUUCUUCAACGGCAAGGAGCUCAACAAGUCCAUCAACCCUGACGAGGCUGUGGCGUAUGGCGCUGCCGUUCAGGCUGCCAUCCUGCACGGCGACAAGUCUGAGGAGGUGCAGGACCUGCUGCUCCUGGACGUGACGCCCCUCUCGCUCGGUAUCGAGACGGCCGGAGGUGUGAUGACCGCUCUCAUCAAGAGGAACACCACCAUCCCCACCAAGCAGACGCAGACCUUCACCACGUACUCUGACAACCAGCCCGGUGUGCUCAUCCAGGUCUACGAGGGCGAGCGUGCCAUGACCAAGGAUAACAACCUGCUGGGCAAGUUCGAGCUGACCGGUAUCCCGCCGGCGCCGCGCGGCGUGCCUCAGAUCGAGGUCACCUUCGACAUCGACGCCAACGGCAUCAUGAACGUCAGCGCGGCCGACAAGUCGACCGGCAAGGAGAACAAGAUCACCAUCACCAACGACAAGGGUCGCCUCACCAAGGAGGAGAUCGAGCGCAUGGUCAACGAGGCCGACAAGUUCAAGCAGGAGGACGAGGCCCAGCGUGAGAAGAUCUCCGCCAAGAACGCCCUGGAGUCGUACGCCUUCAACAUGAAGUCCACCGUCGAGGAUGAGAAGAUCAAGGACAAGAUCUCAGAGUCCGACAAGACGACCAUCUUGGACAAGUGCAACGACACUAUCAAGUGGCUGGACGCCAACCAGCUCGCUGAGAAGGACGAGUUCGAGCACAAGCAGAAGGAGCUGGAACAGAUCUGCAACCCUAUAAUCACCAAGCUGUACCAGGGAGCCGGCGGCGCGCCGCCCGGCGGUAUGCCCGGAGGUAUGCCCGGAGGCGCUCCCGGAGCCGGGGGUGCCGCGCCCGGAGGCGGCGCCGGCGGCCCCACCAUUGAGGAGGUCGACUAAACGCUGUCCCUCGCCCCAGACGGGUCCAAUGGUCAACCAAAAAGGUGACGACCUGAGGGUCGCUCACCCUGUUUUAUUUUCUUGUCUCAGUACCCUGCACAUGUUUUGAUGCGUGAAUAAAAAGUUCCUGGUUAUGUCCCGA